GCAAAAGGAAACACGCGAGGCAGCACUAUCUGCCUCCCCAGAGUUCUGAAAAUCGCCUGCGUGAACUCUGGGCUGUGUGGAGCCAGCUGAGUAGCUGGCUGGCCCGGAGCCCUGCUGCCGGAAGUGGAGCUUUUCUGAUGCUGCGAAUUAAGGAAUGUGGAGCCUUCCUUCAGAGCCGGCCGGCGUGCUGAGUGAGCUCUGCCUGGCCGGCUGCUUGCAGGGCCAUCGCGUGGGACCGCAGAAUUAAAAAGCAGAGAAUCUCGCCACUUCACGUUUGAGAGGCAAGAGGACCUGCAGUGUGGAGAAGAAGCCCCAGGGACACAGAGCCGUCUGCCACCAGCCUCCAGGAUUGCCCAGAUCCAGGUUUUGGAAAUCCCGUCUCCGGGUCGCUGGGAUUGGCUUGUUGCUCAGUUGAAUCACCCACUCAAUGGAGACACAGAGAACUAGCGCUUUGUGCUGACUCCUACUUGAAUCAAAACCCUGGGGAGUCUGCAUGCCUUGUGUGUGGACAGAACCAGUGCCAGUCUCCAUCACGAGCUUCCGAAAACUUCCACACUCUCCCUGCGCUGUCGUCCUAGUCGCUCGCUCUGGCGUCGCAACCCAGGGCUGCUGGAGGUGGCAGUGACGAGUCUUGCUACAAGUGGCCUUAUUCCAGCUCCAGAAGUCCCCCAGAGGAAGCUUGAGAUUCUUACCUUGUGCCCAGCCCUGAGGCAACAGGAAACAUGCCUACCCAGUCCCUCCUCGUGUACAUGGAUGGGCCGGAGGUCAUUGGCAGCCCCCUGGGCACCCAGGUGGAGAUGGACGACGCCGUGGCGCUCCGAGGGGCCGCCACCGUGCCCUUCAGAGCCCCGACGGAGAGGAGCGUCGUCCAGAUGGAAGGCUGCAUGCCCUUGGACUGCAUGUUCUGCUGCCAGUCCUUCGGCCACGCCGACGACCUCAACAAGCACGUCCUGAUGCAGCAUCGGCCCACUCUCUGUGAGCCCGCAGUGCUGCGGGUGGAAGCAGAGUACCUGAGCCCGCUGGACAAGAGUCAGGUGCGCGCCGAGCCCCCGAAGGACAAGAGCUGCAAGGAGAAUGAGGAGUUCAGCUGCGAGGUGUGCGGGCAGGCGUUUCGGGUGGCCUUCGACGUCGAGGCCCACAUGAAGAAACACAAGGACUCCUUCACUUACGGGUGCAGCCUGUGUGGGAGACGAUUCAAGGAGCCGUGGUUCCUGAAGAACCACAUGCGGACACACAACGGCAAGUCGGGGGCCAGGAACAAGGCGCAGCAGGGCCUGGAGAGCCCGGUGACCAUCAACGAGGUGGUCCAGGCACACGCGACCGGGAGCAUCUCGUCGCCUUACAAGAUCUGCAUGGUCUGUGGGUUCCUGUUUCCAAACAAAGAGAGUCUAAUAGAGCAUAGCAAAGUGCACACCAAAGACACUACGUCCUGCCCCAGCAAUGCACAGGCAGCCUCCCAGCCCGAGGGCGCGCCAUCUCCCAGGGAAGAGUUCUUGCAGUGUUUAGACUUGAGACCCAAAGCGCACCCGGAGCGCCUGCAGAAGCAGGUGCAGUGCAUCCCUCAGCUCGACCCCUUCACCACCUACCAGGCCUGGCAGUUGGCCACCAAGGGCAAGGUCGCUGUGGCCCAGGAAGAAGUGAAGGAGUCGGGGCAGGAAGGAAGCACCGACAACGAUGACUCGUGCUCAGAGAAAGAAGAGCUGGGAGAAAUCUGGAGCGGCGGCAAGUCCGAAGGCUCUGGAAAGUCCAGAGCGAAAGGCGGCUGCGCAGGGCUCUCGCAGGAGAAGGAGAAGCCCAGGCACUCGAGCGGCGACGGGGCCCCUGGGGACGUGGACCCCAAGCUGUCGGCCAGCAAAGAGAAGCCCACGCACUGCUCCGAGUGCGGCAAGGCCUUCCGCACCUACCACCAGCUGGUCCUGCACUCGCGGGUGCACAGGAAGGAGAGGAGGGCCGAGGCGGGCUCGCCGACCUCGGCCCUGGACGGGAGGCAGCCGGGCACGUGCUCGCCCGAGCUCGCCAGCAGCCUGGACGAGGGCGGGGCCGUGGACCGAGGCGAAGGCGGCUCCGAGGAUGGCUCUGAGGACGGCCUUCCCGAGGGCCUCCAUCUGGAUAAAAAUGAUGACGGAGGAAAAAUAAAGCAUCUCACGUCCUCGAGAGAGUGUAGUUAUUGUGGAAAGUUUUUCCGUUCAAAUUAUUACCUCAAUAUUCAUCUCAGAACGCAUACAGGUGAAAAACCGUACAAAUGUGAAUUCUGUGACUAUGCUGCAGCCCAGAAGACGUCUCUGCGGUACCACUUGGAGAGACACCACAAGGACAAGCAGGCGGACGGUGCUGCCGAGGGCAAGAGUGACGGCAAGAACCAGGAGGUGGAAGAUGCGCUCGUGGCCGCUGACGGUGCACAAACCAAAAAUUUGAAAAGAUUUUUUGAUGGUGCCAAAGAUGUUAAAGGCAGUCCACCUGCAAAGCAGCUUAAGGAGAUGCCUUCUGUCUUUCAGAAUGUCCUGGGCAGUCCUGUCCAGACACCAGCACACAAAGAUACUCAGGAUUUCAGUAAGCACGCAGCCAGUGACGGUGCUGAGACAGUGGACAGAGCUCCCACCCCUGUGUUCGUGGAUCUGCUGAAAAAGAGGUCGGCAGGGGAAGCUCAGGCAGACGGCCCUGUCGGCAGAACGGAAGCGGGGGUGCCUCCCGCAGACAGCAGCGCCACGCGGCGCGCCGAUGGCGGUCACCCAGAGACGAAAAUGGAUACCACAGGGGCCAGCAGGUGCCAGACUGGCCUGGAGUGUCAGGAGAAGCCUCUGAACCUGUCCCUUGGUGCUCUGCACAGCUGCCCGGCCAUUUCUUUGAGUAAAAAUCUAAUCCCAAGUAUCACCUGCCCGUUUUGUACCUUCAGGACAUUUUACCCCGAGGUUUUAAUGAUGCACCAGAGACUGGAGCACAAGUACAAUCCCGAUAUUCACAAAAACUGUAGGAACAAGGCUUUGCUUAGAAGUAGACGGACUGGGUGCCCGCCAGCCCUGCUGGGGAAAGACGUGCCUCCCUUGUCUGGUUUCCACAAGCCCAGGUCCAGGUCAGCUUUCCCAGCGCAGCCCAAGCCCCUGCCUCCAGAGAAAACGAAGCAGAGCCCCUCGGGGCCGGCCAAAGCCCCUCCGACGUCAGGGACAGACUCCAGCACUUUAGCCCCGAGUAACCUGAAGUCGCACAGGCAGCAGAGCGCUGCCGCCCCCCGACCGCAGCAGCCCGAGGGCUUUUCCAAAACCAGUGUUUGUCCUGCACUGGAGAAAACGAGACGACCCGAGGCAAAGAUGAAGCCUCUGCCUGUGGCCCCAGCUCAGCCCGCCCACGGCAGCAGCGGCGGCAAUGCCUCCAGUGGCUCCAGCGGCUCCAGCGGCUCCAGCGAGUGUGCGCCCAAGAGCGAUGGCCCCUGGGCCCCUCAGGGAAGAGACUACUUUUGUAAUCGGAAUGCAAGCAGCACCACGACCGUGGAAUUCGGCGAGCCACUCCCGAAAAGGCUGAAGUCUGGCGUGGUCACACUUGACGUUGACCUGCCCGGGCCCAAUUACAGGAGGGGCUACGAGCUGCCCAAGUACCACGUGGUCCGGGGCAUCACGUCCCUGCUGCCCCACGAGUACAUGUGCCCGCCGUCGCCGGUGUUGCCCCCUAAGCCCAGGUUCCUGGGCUCUGCUGAGGUGGAGUCUCCAGGUGUGCUGGCUGUGCAGAAGCCCUACAGCGGCGCAGGCCCGCUCUACCCGUGCGCACCUGCCGGCGGCCCGGCCUCCAACGCGGCUCUAGAAGGAAAGAGGCCUGUGUCGUAUCAGCACCUGUCCAGCAGUAUGCUGCCGAAGAGGAACUAUGAGAAUUUUAUUGGGAACGCACAUUACCGACCAAAUGACAAAAAAACUUGAUUUCCUAUUUUUUUGGGGGGAAAGGUCUCGAUGGGUGGAGGCGCGUGCGCCGUGAGGUCGGAUUUGAGUUCAUCCUUUGGGAAAGCGAAUGGUGAAAGCUACUGAAAUAAGCUGUGACCGCACUGUACAUACAACACGCAAGGAACAUAAAAGGAACACUACAGUUUUGUAAAGUU